UGAUGAUAUUGGACCUGGUGGUAUCGAUGAUGUAAACUUGGAGGAUACAGAUGAUCAGGAAAGUGAUGUGGAGGAAAUUAUAGAGACAUCAACCGAAAAAAGGAGAAGACUUGCAAAGCAAUAUAUUGAAUCCAUUAAGGAAGGUUUAGAUGAAACUGGCUUUGAUGCUGAGGAUAUUGAUCGAGAUCUAAUUGCUGAACGGUUACGACAAGAUGUGGUAGCGUAUAUUGAUAUAUGUUACGGGUGUACGAAAACUGGCAAAAAGUUACAUGUGUUCCCAGGUGGUCGGAAAGAAAUAAAGAAAUUUGAUGGUCACACAAACCACGUUUUUGCUCUGGCAGUUAGUUCUGAUGGAAAUUAUAUGGUUAGUGGCGGUUCUGACAAAAAGAUCAAUAUAUGGUCUGCAAAAGAUGAUAAAUUGUUAAAAUGUUUUACGCAACACAAAGAUUCAGUUUCGGGUCUUGUAUUCCGUAAAGGGAAUAAUCAGUUAUAUAGUGCUUCACAAGAUCGUACAGUUAAGGUGUGGAAUAUCGAUGAAUUAUGUUAUAUAGAAACAUUAUUUGGGCAUCAAGAUCAAAUCUUAUCAAUUGACUCUCUUUCUCGUGAACGUUGUGUGACUGUUGGUUCUCGAGAUCGAACAUGUAGGUUAUGGAAAAUCGUAGAAGGGUCGCAAUUAGUAUUUCGUGGUAUCACCAAAAGUGCGACAGAAGAUGGACAAACAUUUAAGGAAGGAAGUUUGGAUGUUGUUGCCAUGAUCGAUGAGGAUAAUUUCCUUAGUGGUGGUGAUAGCGGUGCCAUUUCAUUAUGGAACAUCAAUAAAAAAAAACCAGUAUUCGUAUAUAAUAUUGCACAUGGCUUACAAACAUAUGACUCUGAAAGUGAAGGCUCUAUUAAAAGUCCAUACUGGAUAACUGCAUUAGCUACUGAGAGAUAUUCUGACUUUUUCGCUUCUGGAUCAUGGGAUGGAAAUAUUCGCCUUUGGAAAUUGAUUGAUAACAUCCAUUCUUUCGUUCCGCUGGCGGAAAUUCCUUUGGUCGGAUUUGUGAAUGCUCUACAAUUUGCAACCAUAGAGAAUAAAACUUUUCUUCUGGCAGGUGUUGGUCAAGAACAUAAACUGGGUAGAUGGAAAAGGAUUAAGAAUGCCAGAAAUGGAUGGAAAUUAAUGGAGUUACUUCUCAAAACUUAA